GGUGACGACCAUGUUGAUAUAUGACACGAAAGGUCGGGGAUCCAAGACGCGCUCACCCCAUCCACUUGCUCUCAGUCGUAGCCACAUCUCAUCGGUCAGGUCUUAUCACUCGUUGUUCCACGCUCCAUCCCUGUUAUCCUCGCCCCACCCUCCUACCCGUCGCCCCCACCAUGACCAUCACCGUCCGCUUCGCCGAAGAGGCCGAUAAGCAGCAGUGGCUCGACCGGUGGGAGCAAUACAACCAGUUCUACAAGCGCACGGUCGCGUCCGACGUAACGGAGGAACAGUGGCGGCGCUUCCUGGACCCGGCGGUGCGCGUGUACUGCGCGGUGGCGGUGGACGGGGACAAGCCGGCGGGCGCCAACGUCGUGGGCUUUGUGACGUGGCUGCCGCACAUCUACACGGGCAGCAUCGAGGACAUUGUCUACCUGCACGACCUGUGGAGCGACGAGGCGCAGCGCAACAAGGGCACGGGGCGCGCGCUCAUCGAGUUUGUGUAUGCCGACUCGAAGGACAAGGGGAUCAAGAGCGUGUACUGGCACACGCAGCAUUUCAACCACCGCGCGCAGUUGUUGUACACCAAGGUCGCGAACAAGACGGACUUUGUGCAGUACAAGCACGACUUGAAGUGAGGAUGUGUGGCGCGGCAAUGUGCAGUGCAAGUAGUAGACAGCAAAUGAUGGACCCACACAACAUGUACGCGAAAAGCACUCGCAUAAAAAGAAGACUACAGAGUUAUGUUCGCAAUGCGUGCGUCUAGUCGACGGGCACCCUGCGCUUGAGCCGUCGCGUUGGCUGCAGGAUGCACCCCGACCCGGCGCCCGCACAGCCGUCCGUGGUCUGUGGGGGCCCUCUGGGAGUCGAGCCAGUACUGGAUAAUCCGAGGUGCGAAGUAGCGAGGUAGACGGGAUGAAUUUCUAAAGCGCCCGGCCGGCGCGCAAAUGCCAUACAAGGCCAAGGUCGGUCGACGGUACGAAACGUCACCGGGUGAUCGG